AUGGCGGCCCCUGCAUCCAAGACAAUCGAUAACCUCACCGGCCGAUGGAUUCUGAACAAGAAGCUUUCCGACAGUUCGGACCCCGUCCUCGCACUCCAAGGUAUCGGCUUUCUUGCUCGCAAAGGCAUCAACAUGGCCAGCAUCACCCUCGACUUGAACCAGUACACGGCGCUGCCUGCUCCCCCGAACAUGUCCACGGACGCCGUCACACACAUCGACAUCACGCAGAGUCCCUCUGGUAAAGAUGGCCAAGAGCGUCGUUGCGUGGACAACAACUUGCGCGAGCACUCGACUUCACUGUUCGGUGCUGUCAUCGGCAAGACUAUGUGGAUCAGCCAUGAUGAGAUUGAUGACGACUUCCUCAAGAACGGCUGGUUAGUCGAAGGUGAGGGCAAAUUUCUCAAGAUCGUCGUCCAGAGCAAAGAAAGUGGCUGGAUUGCCACCCAGAUUUGGGGGUUUGAGAUGGUUGACGGUGAGAGACGGUACUGCCGACACAUUUCCGUAACCAAGGUUGACAAGCGCGUGGAGGUUCGGUUUGUGUACGACUUUAUUGUUUAG